AUGAAGUACCUUCUCGCCGCUGCCGCCAUUGUCGGCUCAGUCGUCGCGCAAGAUCUUGCGAGUCUCCCGCCAUGUGGCCAAACUUGCAUAAGCAACAUGCUUGGUCAAGCUCAAGCCCUCGGCUGUUCUAACACCGAUGCUGCCUGCCUGUGCCGCAACGUCAACUUCGGCUACGGUGUUCGCGACUGCUCCAACCAGGCCUGCCCCGAUCAGUCUGCUGUCUCGAGCGUCAUCAGCUACGGUCUCGCAUACUGCGCCAGCGUUGGCUCUGGCAGUGGCACUGCUUCGGCCUCUUCUGCAUCCGGAACUCCUGCUGCUGCAUCCGCCUUGACUGCUACCGGUGAAGUUUCUGGCGCUUCUGGUGCUGCUGGUGCCGUUGCUGGUCUCACGACGAUCACCACUGACGGUUCGACCAUCACUGCUGUUGUUACUGGCGGAAGCACAAUCACUGACGCUGCAUCUGUCUCAUCCAUCACUGCUGCCGCCGGAGGCGCUGUUGCUGCCGGACUUGUCACCUUCUCGAACAGCGCUGGCAGUCUCGUCACCGGCGUUGUUAGCGCUGGAUCGACCAUCACCGACGCGUCCGCUGUAUCCUCUGCCGAAGCCGCUGCCUCCUCUGGAACUGGAUCUGCCGGAUCUGCUGCCAGCAGCGCCUCAGGUAGUGCCUCAUCAGCUCUGAGCGGUGCCUCCGAGACUGCCUCCUCCGCAGCUAGCAGCGCUUCCGAGGGCGCUAGCAGCAUCGCAAGCAGCGCUUCUGAGGGUGCUAGCAGUGUUGCCAGUAGCGCUAGUGCUGCUGCCAGCUCAGCCACCGCCAGCGCCGGCCUUGCCCCUGCUGCGACCGCUGCAGUCCACGGCGUUGCAGGCCUUGCCGGUCUCGCGGCUGUCAUGCUGCUGUAA